UGUGAGAGAGGGAAGAGAGGAGAUCAUCAGAAAAUAAACCAGGAGUGAUUCUGGCAGCGGUAGUGGCGCUCUCUCUCUUCUUCCCACGUACCUCUUUAGCCGACCACCACAAAUACACACAGGGACAAUAAUUAAUCUCUGCUUGCAACCACAACACCACACCACACUAUCUACCGGACUCUCGCUUCAGUGCUGCUACUUUUCGUUGAAAUCCGCUCUGGAUUAGCGAGGGACAGCACAAUAUCCGGGGGCUACCACGACUCGUUCUUCUCCCCUCAUAAUCUGAAUGACGGGCGGACGGUUCGAUUUUGACGAUGGUGGCACAUAUUGCGGUGGCUGGGAGGAUGGAAAAGCCCAUGGGCAUGGCGUCUGUACCGGGCCCAAGGGCCAAGGCGAAUACUCCGGGUCCUGGAACAAUGGUUUUGAGGUAGUGGGGGUGUACACCUGGCCCAGUGGAAACGUGUAUCAGGGUUACUGGGCACAGGGGAAACGACACGGAUUCGGUGUGGAAUCGAAGGGAAGAUGGAUUUAUCGUGGUGAAUGGACUCAUGGAUUUAAAGGUCGAUACGGGGUUCGGCAAAGUCUCCACACGCCUGCCAGAUACGAUGGGACAUGGAGUAACGGUCUACAAGAUGGAUAUGGAGUUGAAACGUAUGGUGAUGGAGGUACGUACCAGGGGCAGUGGACAGGAGGAAUGCGACACGGAUAUGGUGUGCGGCAAAGUGUACCUUACGGGAUGGCUACGGUUAUUCGCUCGCCUCUUCGGACCUCGCUGGCCUCGCUCCGCAGCGAACAGAGCAACGGCACCGUCCUCCAUGCCAACCUCGACCUGUCAGACAGCCUUUCCGGCACCAGAGGAGGCUUUGUUCUCAACUUCCACAGCGAAGGCGAAGGUGAGAAGAAAAAGGGCCUGUUCCGUAGAGGAUCCCUGUUCGGCAGCCUCAGAAACCUCAGAAAGUCAGACUCCAGGUCGUCCAUAUCAAGCAAACGCAGCUCUGCCCGCAGUGAUGCCGCCAGCUCCAUCAGCCGAAUCAGCUCCAGCGAUGCCAAUUCCACCAUCAGCUUUGGAGAUGGAGUUGAUGAGUACAUGCCCCUGGAGGACCAUGUAGACGCCACCACCACAGAGUCCUACAUGGGGGAGUGGAAGAACGACAAGCGGAACGGCUUUGGUGUCAGCGAGCGCACCAACGGGAUGAAGUAUGAGGGAGAGUGGAUGAACAACAAACGCCAUGGCUACGGAUGCACAAUGUUCCCAGACGGCACCAAAGAAGAGGGGAAAUAUAAAAACAAUGUGUUGGCGCGAGGCAUCAAGAAACAGCUCAUUCCUCUCAAAAACACCAAAACUAAACAGAAAGUGGAUCGGGCUGUGGAAGGAGCCAUACGGGCAGCAGCUAUUGCCAAAACAAAAGUAGAAAUAGCCACUUCAAGAACGGCUCACGCCAGGACUAAAGGUGAUGCUGCUGACCAGGCCGGUCAGUCAGCCAGUCAGGACUCAGACAUCGCCAGGGCAGUGGCCAGGGAACUGUCUCCCAACUUCCAUCAGCCAGGCCCUGAUUAUAUAAAGCAGAGGUUCAAUGAACCUAUUGAACCUAUUGUCCAAGAGGAGAAGAAAGAAAAGUCCCCCUCAAGUAGCCCUCAUUUCUACCGUAAAGGCACAACCCCAGACCACUCUCCCACUGCGACUCCACAGCCCUCUCCCCCACCAACACCCCCACCAGCGCCAGCCCCAGAGCCCAAGAAGAGCUUCUUCAGCAAGAUCACCCCCAAGCCAGGGAAAGAGAACAAAACCCCUUCAGCAGAGAGCCAGGCCCCGGUCAUCACAAAGGCAGUGUCUAAGACAUCGUUGCAACAGGAAGUAAGACAAGAAGUGCCUCCUCAACCGAAAACUUUCAAGAUGGCGGAGUCGGUCCCCGUCAGCCCUGGCAAUGGACAGCUGCACACUGACACUGAGUACCACGGCUACUACAUGAAGGCAGACGUGAAGAUCCCCCCAGAUGAACCUGAGGGAGUAGAGGAGGAGCAUGUUACCCCGUCCACCUUCGCCCAGAUGUCAUUGCCCGCAAAACCUAUGGCGCAAUACAGGACACCCACCCCAAAACCUGGAGCGCCAAAGUCAGCAGCCAAAGGAAGCAAACCUGAGCUAACACUUAAGAAACAAGAUUCGUAUAAGCCAAAAAGCCUAGCAGAAACUAGGAAACAAGCCAGCUUGGAGAUCACCACGGAUUUCGUAGAGGAAGAGUCAGUAAGUAACUCAUACUGUAUGAUGAUGAAAAUGGGAAAACUGAAGCAAAGAGAAAGAAAGGUGUCAUUUCAGAACAACGUAUGAAACAUCAAAGGGUCCUAACUCAAUACUGGUUGCCCUUGUAAUGCUGUUGAAUAUUGGUCUAGCAAUAAUUUUUGUCCAUUUUUUAACCUGACGGAAUCUGGACUGAGGUAAGAGUCAGCUUAAUAACAUCUAUUCAGAUGUUAUGAAUUGUAGAGCAUUGUGAUACAGUAGUUUUUUUCCCAUUACAUUUUAAAGUGUAAAUUGCAAGUUUUACAUGAUAUAUUAUGAUACAGAUAAGCCUGAAUGUGAUUCAACAUAACUAUUAACCCUCUAACUGUUUUGACCCUUCAGUGAACUCAUCAAAACUAGUGGCAUAGGUCCCUAACUCUCUGCAUUUGCGUCAACGGCCUUUAAAAAUGGCGCCGGUCAAGCACAGGCAAAGGAGGACUGUAAAUAGAGUAAAACAUUGGAGAAAGAUGAGACCAGGACCAUUCGGCCCAGACGCUGCCCAGUUUCGCUGGCGAUGAUUUGUGACUCGCUUUGGUUCUGUGAAAGCUGAAGCAAGCAGUCGUUGGGAAAGCAACAAAAAAACAAUCUGCUGAUCCAAGCUGUUACCAAUCAAGUGCGUUGCCACUUCAUAUUCCCUGACAGGGGGGAUGUGGAGGGGG